AUGGAGAAACCGUGGAAAUGUGGGGAGUGUGGGAAUGGUUUCCCUUCGCUAUCUGCGCUGGAGAUUCAUUGGCGUUUGCACGUCGGGCAGCGGCUAUUCACCUGUACUCACUGCAGGAAAGGCUUCACUCAGUUACACCACCUCCUGGCCCCCCAGUGGGUCCACACCAGCAAGAACCCGUUCAUCUGCCCCGUGUGUGGGCAGGGCUUCACUCAGUCACACCAGCUGUUGCCGCACCAGCGGAUGCACACCGGAGAGAAACCAUUUUCCUGCUCCGUGUGCGGGAAGGGCUACACCCGGUCGUAUCACCUGCUGCUCGGCUUCCACGUCCACACUGGGAAGAAGCCGUUCACCUGUCCCGUGUGGAGCAAUGACUUCUGUGAUUCCUCCACCCUGCACAAACACCAGCGCAUCCACACCAAGGAGCAGCCGUUCACCUGUCCAGUGUGUGGGAAGGGCUUCACCCAGUCGUGCAACUUGUGGAGACACCAGCAACUUCACAAGUGA